AUGGUAAAACCCAAACAACAAAAGUCCAAACUCAAGAAACCGACCCACAAGGUUAUGAAAACAAAGGGAAAGCAGGCUGAUAUUUCUCAGUUUCGUGCACAGCUUGACACAUUGGGCCUAAAAAUCAUCCAAGUCACAGCUGAUGGUAAUUGUUUCUUCAGGGCACUCGCAGAUCAGUUGGAAGGCAAUGAGGAAGAACACGAGAAAUAUCGCAGUUUGGUUGUACAAUAUAUAGUGAAGAAUCGUGAAACAUUCGAGCCCUUUAUUGAGGAUGAUGUCCCAUUUGAUGAGUAUUGUCUAUCCAUGGAAGAAGAUGGCACGUGGGCUGGACAUAUGGAAUUACAGGCAGCCUCUCUUGUUACACGUUGUAAUAUAUGCAUUCACCGGCACAUGUCACCUCGUUGGUACAUUCGGAAUUUUGAUUCUGAUGAAGCUCGUAUGGUUCAUUUAUCUUAUCAUGAUGGAGAACAUUACAAUAGUGUGCGAUUGAAGNGAAAUUUUUUUUAUUUUUUACUUUUGAGCCCAAAAAAUGCAAAGGAGACCCUUGAAGACGACUGUUGGAUUGCAGACUAUGCACGGAAGUUAGAACAACUUGAAUCUAUAAGAUUAAUGCUUGGAGUGGCCUAUUGUAUGAAGCUGAAACUUUACCAAAUGGACGUGAAGAGUGCCUUUUUAAAUGGAAUGCUGAUGGAAGAAGUUUACGUUGAGCAACCAGUAGGAGUUCAGGAUCCUCACAAGCCUGAUCACAUGUUCAAACUUAAGAAAGCUCUUUAA